AUGUCUUUCGCCUCAAGAGCCCUGUUCUCCAGCAGCCGCGCGCUGGCUACCCGAUCCUUCAGCACAUCUGCCCGACGCAUGGCCGAUUCGCCUCUCCCUGCCAGGAAACCACUGGGAGCUUUCCGUGGAGGUCUUUUUGGCUUCCUUCUCGGUAGCUUUCUCGCUGGCAGCGCCUCCUACAGCUAUCUCCUCAAGGAGUACAAGAUCGCCAACGACCUGUUGACCGAGGAUAUUUAUACUCUACAAGCCUCCGUCACCCGUCUGAGCAACCAGGUCCAGGCUCUGGAGACCAGGACACAGGGCAAGAAAUAG